AUGUGUGUCCCCAAGAUUCUGUCAGUCCAGAAGGCCGAUCCUAAGACCAGCUUUAGGAAUACCCGGCCGGACGAACCCCAGAAGGUUCCCCAAGCAACACAGCCGCGUGGUCGCGUGAAGCUGAUCUCCGAAGGCGAAGACGGAAAUUUAACAGAGGCGUGGAAGUUCACACGGGCGGAUGUGGCUGGAAUCCUCGGAAUCGGAUGGAAGAUUGACGACGACGAUGAAGAAAGUGUCGAGCCCCUGGACUGUAUUUGGCCCGAGCCUUAUGCCUGCUAUCCCCAGACGCGGGCGUUGGUCAAAUGGAAGGAUGGUCAAGUUACCUUGGAAGACCGUUCGUUUAUCCGCCGUAUCACUCAGGGUUCUAAUCUACAAGGAGACAGGGUGAUCUACCAGAAGGCUAUGGCAAGCGAGAAACUGGCUGCUGUCAAGGCUAAAGCGCCCAUGCACACUCCCCAGGAGGACGAAGAUGUCGAUCCAGAAGUGGUCACGGUGGCCUCACAAACUCCAAGCCCUGACCAACGUUUUGCGUCCAUGACGCGCAGCAGCGCAGCCCCUACCUCUCAGCGGGCACGAUCGAGAGCCAGCGAGGUCCGAUUUGUCCUACCAUCCUCUACCCCUUCUCGAGCCGCUGCUCCCGUUGAAGAUCCACGCGAUGCCGAGCUUCGUUUCCUAAGAGAGAAGAUAACACAGCUGGAAAUGUCCGCUAAACAGCCGCAUCCGCAGUAUGACGCACGCUGCAGCGCAGCUCCUGCAUGGGAGAAUCGUAAUAGAUUCCAAUCUGAAAUAUCCGAAUACACCCCAGAGCCACCUCGACGUCGACAAGGCCGCGCGAGAAGGGGCCGUGGUCAGCCGGCGUGGAAUCAUUGGACCGGAGGAUGGACGCCAGCUAACCAGACCUACUAA